AUGUCAGCUCCGAAAGGCUCAAGAUGGGGUUCCUUUCUAUCACAGGCUGUCGCCGGAGUCGAGGCACGCCUUGACAACAUUUUAUCCGAAGAAGAGCAAGCGAAGCAGCAAGCGCCCUCAAGACCGUUGUCCGCAGCUUCGUCCAGACCAGCCUCGACCAUCGGAAAGUCAACUAAUGACAGACUGCAAGAGAGACUGGCGCGGGCCGUCGCGGCGAAGAACGCAGCUACAUCGAACCAGCCAAGGACGAGUAACGAGCAGAGCCCUCGACCCAGUACAGAUAAUGCGAGUGUCGUCUCAUCCGUUCAGUUGGCUUCCCAAAGCCCACGAUCCAGCCUCGCUAAGGACGAGGCGCCAGCCCAGGAACUCGGCACAGCAACCGAGAAGGAGCCGUACCAACCGCCGUCAAUGGCAUUGCCAACAAAUGGUGACUCAAUCGCGGGUGACUCGCCUCGGGCCUCAACUCAAGAAGAGCCCGCAGAAUCUGUAGAACUAGCGUCAGUCCCGGAAGCGCCGGUCCCUACGCCAACACCAAAGGAAGAGGUUGUACCUGUAUCACUGGCGACCAGUGAAAAGAUUGGGUUGUCCUUUGACUUAUACGAGAAACGGAUACAAGAACUAGAGAAGACGCUGGAGGAUACCCAGCUGCAGCAUCAGGAGGAGCUGCAUAGCCAGGUGGAGCAAGUUGAUGCACUUCAAGCCAAGCUACAAUACCUAGCGCGCGAGGCGACCGAGGCCGCAAGGAAGAAUGCUUCGGCUGCUUCUGCAGGCAGCCUUGAGAAGAAGGUCGCCGAGAAGGAUCAACAAGUUGCUCAAUUAAUGGAGGAAGGCCAGAAGCUUGCCGGCAAUGAGCAGAAACUACGUGCCGUUAUCAAGAAGCUGCGGACUCAGAUCGCCGCCGACGAGAAGGAGCUCAAUGAGCAAAAGAUUUGGCGUCAGAAGGCCGAGGCUGAAAUCAUCAACCUACGAGACAUGUCUCGUAUUGUGGAUGAGUCCAGAAAGGCCAACGACGACUGCCACAAGCAAAUCAGUCAACUGAAGAGGGAACUGGACCUGGCAAGUUCCGGUGCAUCUUCCAAGGAUUCAACCAUCUCCGAUUUGAAAAUGCAAUUGCAAGAGGAAUCGGAACGGGCGAAGGCGUUGACGGCUAAAGUCAACGAUCAGGUCAGGGAGGCUGGUCAGCAACGUGUCAAAGACUUGGAGGAUCAAGUAGCAGCUCUCGAGCUAGAGAAGAACCUCGUCGCAGAUAGGGCGAGACUCCAGGCUGCAGAGCUGCGCGAGAAGGCCGAAAGAGCAGCCGAACGUUCACGGGCGGUUGAGCUAGAGAUGAAGGGUGAAGUACAGAUAUUAGAGAGCAAACUUGAGGCAGUCCGAGCCAGGGCAGAAGAAGCUUCUUCAGGUGCUGUUGGUGAUGCCCAAGCCAAGCUGCUGCGGCAGAUCGAAACCCUACAGACCCAAUAUUCUAUAGCCAGUGAGAACUGGCAAGGGAUGGAGGCAUCGCUGGCUGCUCGGGCUGCAAGUCUAGAAAAAGAAAGGGAUGAAGCAUUGCGUCGAGAAUCCGAAAUGAGAAGAAAGGCCCGAGAAACUGCUGCCCGUGCCAAACGUCAGGAAGAGGAACUGGAAGAGGCCAAGUCCAGCCUUCCCAAUGUUCAGCGGGAUCUCUCAGAUCACCGGUCGCAACUCGAAAAGCUGCAGAAGAGAGCCGAGGAGGCUGAAGCUGCACUCGUUGAAGCAAAGGCAGACUUUGACAAACAGAGGCAAGCCUGGAAGGAAGAAAAUGCAGACAAGACGAGCCAAGAACGCCGACCAUGGUUGGAAGAAGUUGCCCUACGGAGUAACAGCAGGCCAGCUUCUCCGUUAAUGUCAGCUCCGCAAAGAGGCUUCAGCAGCGAUUAUCUUGGGUUACAAGGCUUUCCCAUGAAGCUGCGCAAGACCUCGGCACCGUCAAGCAACGGUGAUCAUAGUCCGAUCGACCGACCCGCGUCUUUGAUGAGGCGGCCUUCACAACAGCCCCCUCAAUCCCGGCCAUCCCUUUUCUCAAACUCUUCUGUUCUAACUGGAACAACAACCCCCUCCAUGUUCGGGGCCGAAAUGGUUGGCUCACCACGCCAACAUCCCGUAGAGCGCGACGAUUCCCUGUUCGACGGAGCCGAAACCUCAGCAUCUCCCCACAACGUCCUCCAGGACAUGGUGUCCGUGUCCACCAUCGCCGCCGGCCCCUCGGUGCAACUUGUAGAGCGCAUGAGCGCCGCCAUCCGGCGCCUGGAAAGCGAGAAAGUAGCCGCUAAGGAAGAACUAGCACGGAUAUCCGGACAGCGGGAUGAGGCGCGUGCGGAGAUCGUAGCACUUAUGAAGGAGGUGGAGGCGGGGAAGACGUCGGCCAAAAAGGUCGAGGAUUUGGAGAAAGAGGUUGCUGUUAUUAACGAGAGAUACCAGACUACGCUUGAGAUGCUGGGCGAGAAAAGCGAGUUGGUCGAGGAGUUGAGGGCCGACGUGGAUGAUGUUAAGGCUAUGUAUAGAGAUCUGGUGGAACGGACGAUCAAGUAG